GAGAACUUUUACUUGGUUGAAGAUUUAGGUUUCGUGUCCAUGUGCAGCAUGAGAAAGCUGGUAAUAUUAGCAGCAUUGGUCUCGGCUCUACACGCAGCCAGCUUCCCAACAGACACUGAUGUGGUAUAUAAGUGCCAAGAAGAUCAGGACAACAUUGCUACUUUAGCAGCUGUGCAGUUCAUUAAUGACCAUCACCACCAUGGAUACAAAUUCAAAUUAGUUUCACUGGACAGUCGCAGUGCAGAUGAGAAGACCGAUCUUUGUGAGGUCAUCUUCAGAAUAACACUAGAAGAAACUGAAUGCCACAUUGUGAAUCCCAAACCUUUAGAUCAGUGUAAUACUAGAAUGGAAGCAGAGACGAAAGUGACAGCAAAAUGUAAUGUGACCGUGUUAAGUUUUGAGGGAAAAGCAGUUGUGGCGUGCUUCAUCUGUGACACCAAACCAGAUUCACAUGAAAUACUUUUGACAAAAUGCCCUGACUGCCCCAGUCUACUGCCAUUAAAUGACCCAAAUGGUCUAGAGACUGUGAAAACGGCCCUGCAGAAAUUCAACAAAGAAUCUAAUCACAAGUCGUACUUUAAACUGUUGGAAGUGGGAAGGAUCAGCACACAGUGGAUGCUUUCAGGUCAAGGCUUCUUUGCGCAGUUCGCCAUUACAGAGACAAACUGUCCCAAAACAGUGGAAUAUCAGAAACAAAAAGCAUGCAAGGCUUUGUGUGGAGUUAAAGCUCGGUAUGGGUUCUGUAAGACCUACAAGGUUGGUAAUGAAGAACCAGAAGUGGAAUGUGAGAUUUACAUAGCUCAGAACACAACUCAUCCAAUGAAACACCCUGCUCAGUCAAGAAAAGACUGUAAAUUCCAUGGCUUCCCAACCCCCCAUUUCCCAGGAGAUAACCUGCCUCACCCGGAACAUGCAAGCCAUGAGAACAAGGGUAGGGACAAAAGGCCUGACCGAGGGGGCCGUCCAGGACACAAAAGCCAUGAGGACAAGGACAGGGACAAAAGGCCUCACCGAGGGGGCCGCCCAGGACAUGCAAGCCAUGAGGACAAGGACAGGGACAAAAGGCCUGACCGAUGGGGCCAUCCAGGACACGCAAGCCAUGAAGAAAAGGACAGGGACAAAAGUCCUCAUCGAAGAGGCCGUCCAGGACACGAAAGCCAUGAGGACAAGGACAGGGACAAAAGGCCUGACCGAGGGGGCCGUCCAGGACACGCAAGCCAUGAGGACAAGGACAGGGACCAAAGGCCUGACCGAUGGGGCCGUCCAGGACACGCAAGUCAUGAGGACAAGGACAGGGACAAAAGGCCUGGUCGAUGGGGCCGUCCAGGACAUGCAAGCCAUGAGGACAAGGAUAAGCACAAAAGGCCUGACCGAUGGGGCCGUCCAGAAAAUGCGAGCCAUGAGGACAAGGGCAUGGACAAAAGGCCUGACCGUUGGGGCCAUCCAGGACACGCAAGUCAUGAGGACAAGGACAGGGACAAAAGACCUGACCGUUGGGGCCAUCCAGGACACACUAGCCAUGAGGACAAGGGCAGGGACAAAAGGCCUGACCAAGGGGGCCAUCCAGGAAAAACAAGCCAUGAGGACAAGGACAGGGACAAAAGGCCUGACCAUCAGGGCCGUCCAGGACACACAACCCAAGAGGACAAGGACAGGGACAAAAGGCCUGACCGAGGGGGCCGUCCAGGGCACGCAAGCCAUGAGGACAGGGACAAAAGGCCUGAACGAGGGGGCCAUCCAGGACAUAAAAGCCAUGAGGACAAGGACAGGGACAAAAGGCCUGACCGAGGGGGCCGUCCAGGACACGCAAGCCAUGAAGGCAAGGACAGGGACAAAAGGCCUGACCGAGGGGGCCGUCCAGGACAUGCAAGCCAUGAGGACAAGGGCAGGGACAAAAGGCCUGACCAAGGGGGCCGUCCAGGACACACAAGCCAAGAGGACAUGGGCGGGGACAAAAGGCCCGACCGAGGGGGCCAUCCAGAACAUGUAAGCUAUGAGGACAAGGGCAGGGACAAAAGGCCUGACCGAGGGGGCCGUCCAGAAAAUGCAAAUCAUGAGGACAAGGGCAUGGAAAAAAGGCCCGAACAAGGGGGCCGUCCAGAUCACCCAAGCAAUGAGGACAAAGAAAGGGACAAAAGGCCAGAUCAAGGGGGCCGUCCAGAUCACCCAAGCAAUGAGGACAAGGGAAGGGACAAAAGGCCAGAUCAUGGGGGCCGUCCAGAUCACACAAGCAACGAAGAAAAGGGUAGGGAUAAAAGGCCUGACCAAUGGGACCAUCCAGAACAUGCAGGCAAAGAGAACAAGGGCAGAGACAAAAAGCCAGAUCAAGGGGGCCGUCCAGAUCACACAAGCAACGAGGACAAGGGCAGAGACAAAAGGCCUGACCGAGGGGGCCGUCCAGGACAUACAAGCCAUGAAGACAAGGGCAGGGACAAAAGGCCUGAUCAAGGGGGCCAUCCAGAUCACAAAAGCAUUGAGGACAAGGGCAGGGACAAAAGGCCUGAACAAGGGGGCCGUCCAGAUCGCCCAAGCAAUGAGGACCAGGGCAGAGAUAAAAUGCCUGACCAAGGAGGCCAUCCAGAACAUGAAGGCAAUGAGGACAAGGGAAGGGACAAAAGGCCAGAUCAAGGGGGCCGUCCAGAUCACCCAAGCAAUGAGGACAAGGGCAGAGAUAAAAGGCCUGACCUAGGGGGUCGUCCAGAACAUACAGGCAAUGAGGACAAGGGCAGAGACAAAAGGCCAGAUCAAGGGGGCCGUCCAGAUCGCCCAAGCAAUGAGGACCAGGGCAGAGAUAAAAGGCCUGACCGAGGGGGCCGUCCAGGACAUACAAGCCAUGAAGACAAGGGCAGGGACAAAAGGCCUGAUCAAGGGGGCCAUCCAGAUCACACAAGCAUUGAGGACAAGGGCAGGGACAAAAGGCCUGAACAAGGGGGCCGUCCAGAUCGCUCAAGCAAUGAGGACCAGGGCAGAGAUAAAAUGCCUGACCAAGGAGGCCGUCCAGAACAUGAAGGCAAUGAGGACAAGGGAAGGGACAAAAGGCCAGAUCAAGGGGGCCGUCCAGAACACGCAAGCAAUGAGGACAAGGGCAGAGAUAAAAGGCCUGACCUAGGGGAUCGUCCAGAACAAACAGGCAAUGAGGACAAGGGCAGAGACAAAAGGCCAGAUCAAAGGGGCCGUCCAGAUCGCCCAAGCAAUGAGCACCAGGGCAGAGAUAAAAGGCCUGACCAAGGGGGCCAUCCAGGACACGCAAGCAAUGAGGACAAGGGCAGGGACAAAAGGCCUGACCAAGGGGGCCGUCCAGAACACACAAGCAAUGAGGACAAGGCCAGGGAUAAAAGGCCUGACCGAGGAGGCCGUCCAGAACAUGCAAGUAAUGAGGACAAGGGCAGGGACAGAAGGCCUGACCAAGGCAGCCGUCCAGAACACGCAAGUAAUGAGGACAAGGGCAGGGACAGAAGGCCUGACCAAGGGGGCCGUCCAGAACACGCAAGCAAUGAGGACAAGGGCAGAGACAAAAGGCCUGACCAAGGGGGCCGUCCAGAACACACAAGCAAUGAGGACAAGGGCAGGGACAAAAGGCCUGAUCAAGGGGGCCGUCCAGAACACACAAGCAAAGAGGACAAGGCCAGGGACAAAAGGCCUGACCAAGGGGGCCGUUCAGAACACGCAAGCCCUGCGGACAAGAACAGGGACAAAAGGCCUGACCAAGGGGUCCAUUUAGAACAUGCAAGCAAUGAGGACAAGGGCAGGGAUAAAAGGCCUGACCAAGGGGGCCGUCCAGAACGUGCAAGAAAUGAGGACAAGGGUAGGGGGUGGAGUGGAAGGGGGUGGGGUGACAAAAGGCCUGACAGAGGGGGCCGUCCAGAACAUACAAGCCAUGAGGACAAGGGCAGGGACAAAAGGCCUGACCGAGGUAGUCGUCCAAAACACGCAAGCCAUGAGGAUAAGGGCAGGGUCAAAAGGCCUGACCAAGGGGGACGUCCAGAACAAGCAAGCCAUGAAGACAAGGGCAGAAACAAAAGGCCUAAGGGCCGCCCUGAGUUCCCAUACAGUGGCUUUGUAAAAAUACCCCCUUCUAUUUAUCCAAUCUGUCCUUUCCUUCCACCAUGUCUCUGCCAAAGCCCUUCAGACCAUGAACCCUCUUCUCCUCCUCCUCCUCCUCCUCCGUCUCAGUAACCAACACUAAAAUCUGCUGAGGAUCAAUAAACAUUAAAAACUGAACAACAUAAGAGUGUUAAUGCCUCCAUAAUGUUCAUCCAAUAAAUAUUCUUUACUGA